ACUAGCCUACGAGCUACGUCUAUGCAUUUUUCUAUGCUUCAAAGCUGGUUAUAUCGGCUCACUUGAACUGAUCUCACAACCGGCUAGUACCAAGCUGGUCGGAUUUGAAAGAUAAUCACCGAUUUAUAGAAAUGACAUAGAGGCCUUACAGAUACAUUUGUGCUUUUGUCGCUCUUCUAAUCUGCGUUUUGUGGAGGAGAAGCGGCGAUCUGGGAGCACAUUUAGUUUCCUCAGUGAUUAAUAACUACCUCAGCCAGCAGAAGGAAACAGCGAGGAGUUUCCAACAGCAGUCCUAUCAGCUGGCUUCUGCUCACCGCCACAGACGGUGUGAAGAGAAUCUCUGACGGACUGGUUGUCUGCCCUCGCUCUGCUCCAUACACACAGCCAAUAGGCUGCCAUUGCGGAGAGGAAGUGAAGUGACAAGGCGCUAUUGUCCUACCGGAGAACCGAUUUAGUCUCUUUUUGUCAGACUCCUUGCUGUUGACCAGUUUUUGCUUACAGCUUUUAAAGAUUUAUCAGUAAAAACAUCUAAAUAUACAAACUAUAUACAUGUUAUACAAAUACAUUUUCUGCUUCUUUGAAGGACUUGUUAUGCACAUGAAUCUUGUCUUGGAAUGAGAGAAUCGUGGAGUUUUUUCAGUUUUUUGAUCUGUCCUCUCAUAAACCAUUGACUCCCUUUGAGGCAGAAAAUACAGAUUUGGAAAGGUGCAUUUCUGCCUGUUUUUGCUGGGUCUGUCCACCGUGAGCUGCAGCAGGGCUGCACAUAAACAUCACACUCAUUUAGCAAGUCUUUACCCUGCUCUCCAUCGCUCUGUUAGUUACAAAGCAUUUUGAGAUGAGCUUCUGGCAGAUGGAGCCCUUAAGUUGUCUUUUUACAUAAAUUCCAGGACUAUUGGUUUGUUGUAUUCCAUAAGAGAGAGCUUCUGGUUGGCUGAAAUCCGGAGCUUCCAGAGUCAGCCUGACACUUAUGUAUUGUUGUAGUGCGCAGGAAAGUAAAAUGGACUACAAGCGGCGCUUUUUGCUCGGCGGGUCCAAGCAGAAAGUCCAGCAAUACCAGAUGCCUGAGCUGAGCCGGACCCUCAGUGCCCCCCUGGGCUCCACCUGCUCCCCCAUGGGUGGCUCCACCGGGAUGGGCAUGCCCGGCAGCUGCCAACCACCUCCCCCCAACACCACUGCGGUCGCCGACAUCCAGCAGGGCAUCUCCAAGUACCUGGAUGCACUGAAUGUGUUCUGCAGGGCCAGCGCCUUUCUCACUGACCUGUUCAGCAGCGUGUUCAGGAACUCCCACUACUCAAAAGCAGCUAUGCAACUUAAGGACGUGCAGGAACAUGUCAUGGAGGCGGCCAGCCGGCUGACUGCAGCAAUAAAGCCAGAGAUCGCCAAGAUGCUGAUGGAGUUGAGCGCUGGGGCUGCCAACUUCAAAGACCAGAACGACUUCAGCCUGCAGGAUGUAGAGGUGCUGGGUCGGUGCUUCCUGACGGUGAUGCAGGUGCACUUCCAGUUCCUAUCCCAGGCCCUGCAGAAGGUGCAGCCUGUGGCCCAGUCGUGCCUGGCGGAGGCCCUUGCCCAGGCCCAGGAGCGACGCAGCAAUGUCCGCUCCCAGAGCUCCUGCCUUGGGCCCCUGACGGAGCUGGAGGAGGCCUCACGAUCAUGGAAGGGUGCAGCCGAGGCCACGGGACGUCUGAGGGAGAGGGGACGUGACGGCUGCCUGGCAGGCAUCCAGGUCCAGCAGCUCUUCUGCUCCAGCAACCCCAACAUCCCUGAUCACCAUCUGAAGGAGCUCAACAUGAAGAUCGACAAUGCCUUACAGGCUUAUAAAGCAGCACUAGAAAGUAUGGGCCACAGUGAAUAUGCACUGAAGGCUGGCUUUCACCUCAAUCCCAAAUCUGUGGAGGCAGCUUUACAGGGCUGCUGCAGUGAGGCAGAGGCCCAGCAGGCUGGCAGGAUGCAGACCAUCUCCCAGCCCAUUCAAUGUGAGCUGCCCACCAUACCUGUGCAGAUUGGCGCCCACUUCCUCAAAGGAGUGUCCUUCAGCGAAUCGGCGGCUGACAACCUCAAACUGAAAACGCACACCAUGUUGCAGCUCAUUAAAGAGGCAGUGGAGCAGAACGGAGUGACCCCCCGGGACGACUCUCCCGUCACUGAGGUCCUCAACCAGGUCUGCCCUUCCAGCUGGAGAAUGGCCUGCAAGACCGCCGUCCAGUUACUGUUUGCUCAGGCGGGACUGGUGGUUGUUGACACUGCUCAGAUGGAGAACAAGGAAGCCUAUGCUCCACAGAUUGCUCUGGAGGGCUCCAGAGUUGUGGUACAAGUACCCUCCACAUGGUGCCUGAAAGAGGACCCAGCCACCAUGUCUCUGUUGCAGCGGAGUCUGGACCCAGAGAAGACCCUCGGCCUGGUGGACGUGCUAUAUACCGCCGUCUUUGACAUCAAUAUGUGGAAGGAGUGCAAAGAACAGGCCUUGCCCACCAUUCAGAUGCAGUUACAGCGGGAGAGCCCUGACUACGGGAUGCAGGUAGACCUGCCUCCUGGAAAUGGCUCCAAAGCCUCCAGUGGACUGCCCAAAACUAUUUCCAAGCUAACUUCCAAAUUCACAAAGAAGGCCUCUUCCAGCUCUGUGUCCAGUGGUGGUGGGGGCAGCUACUCCAUUCCCAGCACCCCGUCCCAUAGCAUGCUCUCCUCUAGCAGCAGCUCUGAAGACCAGCAGUUUAAGAGCCUGGGUCACGCAGUAGACGGAAGACUGCAGAGCAUCUUACAGCUGGGCAACCUGUCCAGCAACCCAGACCCCACCCAGCCCCAGAACGGUUCAGUGUGUGACGACCAGGGCAUGAACCUCCCCACGGACCAGGAGAUGCAGGACGUCAUUGACUUUCUCUCAGGUUUCAAUAUGGGCAAGUCACAGCAAGCCUCCCCACUGGUCAAAAGGAGGAACUCUGUAGCGUCUGCCAACGCCGCCGAGCUGAAGCCCCUGAGCGGAGCCACCGACCGAACCCCAACCUCUCAAGCUGUCUCCCACAGUUCACUGCAGCCCCCUACCCAGAGUAUUCCCCAGCAUCAGCAGCCAGUGCAGCAGCAACAGCCACCACCACCACAGCAGCCCUCCCAGCAGGUACUGCAGUACUACCAACACCUCCUCCAGCCUAUUGGUCAGCAGCAGCAUGCUCCACCUCAGCUGUCCUCCCAACAGCCUCCACCCCAGGCUCUUCCCCAGCAGAGAGUGCCAAGCAAGUGGCUGAGUGGUUCCAGCCAGCAGCAGCCUCCUCCCCAGGCCCCCCCUCCCCCAUCAGGGCCCUCCCCCCUGGGGCCAAUUGGCCAGUGGGGCUCCCCUGGCCUCCCAGACCUGAGCUCGGACCUGUACAGCCUGGGGCUGGUCAGCACCUACAUGGACAGUGUCAUGACUGAGAUGCUGGGGCAGAAGCCACAAGGUCCCCGCAACAACACCUGGCCCAACAGGGACCAGAACGAGGGGGUGUUUGGUGUGCUGGGAGACACUUUGCCCUUUGACCCCGCAGUUGGCUCUGACCCUGAGUUUGCGCGUUACGUUGCCGGAGUCAGCCAGGCCAUGCAGCAGAAACGGCAGGUGCAGCACAUCCGUCGACCCAGCAACACCCGCGGCAACUGGCCCGUCUCUGAUGAGCAGCACAGGACCUGGUCCCACCCAGAGUACUACAGUGAGGGGGAGGUGGUCCACAGCAGCUGGUCAGCCAAUCAGGGAGACUCUGCCAGCUCCAGUGAUGAGACGUCCUCAGCCAAUGGGGACAGCCUGUUCUCCAUGUUCUCUGGACCUGAUCUUGUUGCAGCCGUCAAACAAAGAAGAAAACACAGCUGUGGUGAGCAGGAGGUGUGUACCCUUCCCUCUCCUCCCCUCCAUCACUUGGGAGAUGAUAAUAACCAGGAAAGCAAAACUAAAACUUGGCCGCCGAAGGCCCCAUGGCAGCACUCCACUCACAUUCAACACAACACCAUGCCCAAUCCAAGCUCUUCCCUGUACCAGAUGAACAUCCCUUCCAGCCAAUGGAGUGAUUCCAUGCAGAUGUUACAGUCUCCGGUGUGGUCCACUGCCAGUGACUGCCCUCCCUCCACCGGGAUCUCCUCUGGCUUCUCUCCCUACACCCAGCAGCAUCAGCAACAACAGCACAAACCCAUCAGCAAGGGCUUUAAAUCCUUCCCCAUCAAACAUGAGCACAGGCCCUCCUACCUUAACCAGUACUGAUACAGACCAAACAAAUGAGUCCAUUGGCAUGGUAGAAUAGCUGUAGCUGUAUUUCUGAAGCAAGUUCCGCUGUGACCAUUAGUAAUGUUGCCCUUUUGGAAUAAACAUUAAAUUGAACAGUCUAAGUGUUUCCAGGCAAAAUUGCAUUGUUCAUACUGGCUUAACAUGAUGUAUUUUUCCAUUUCAAACACCCCCUAUUUGAAAAAGACAUUCUAAACUGCCAUGUAAAAACUGUAAGCAAUGCAUGUCAUGCUGGCAGCAGUUAGUCUGCCUGAUCAAGUUUAUACUGUUUCCUCAGACGAGCUUGAAACAUGCACGGCCAUCAUCCACUUUUCUUCUCCUUCUGAAAAUGUGUAAGGGAUCAGAUUUUAGGGGGUGGGAUCUAAACGAGGCACUCCAGUUUUCCCCAUAAUUGUAUACUGUCUACAUAGCUGUAACUGCCAAAUCUCAUGUAAGUUGACUCAGACUACAGCUAACAUCUACUGUUCCAUAGCUUGUAAAUUACUGAAGUUGAAAUAUAAAUAAUAAUUUACUACUUUUUAUUAAGAGGCUUUGAGCAGGCUCAGCAUAAAUAUUAUAAUCAUUGCAGAGGUGUAAUUGAAAAAAAAAAUACUACUUUUUCAACAACUGACAGAGUAAAAGAUAUAUAGCAGUAACUGUGCCAUGUUGGUAUUAAUAGCACUUCCAUAAUAUUAUUUUCCAACCAAAGUGUUGUUCAGAAGAUAAAUGGUGCUGAAGAGAAGUCAGUUUAUUAUAUUGAUCAUUAAUAAAGUUACGAGCCCUAGAACAGUAGGGAAAGUCUUUAUGAUCAAAAAGCGCAUUAAUUUCCUUUUCUUUCCCCGAUUGGCAGUUCACUUCAGAAUGACACUAAUUCAAACCUAAUGUUUGUUCCUUUAAAAUACAAUAUUUUCACGUACAAAUAUUGACAGUAUUAAUCUUAUUUUUGUAUUUUCUUACAUGUUCUACAAUUACUGUAUGUUACUUAACACAAUCCCCCCCCAAGAUGUGAAGGCACAUUAAUUUCUUUAGUUCAGAGUUUAACUACACCAUAUCUAAAGGUUACCAAAUAUGCCAUUAUAAACAAACAUUGUAGGGUAUUUUUUUUUUGCCCAUGUUUCUUCAGUUUCUAUGGCUACGGGCUGUAUUUAAAGGCCCAGAAUGUUAACUUUUUGAUGUUUGCGGAUGCCAAUGUUGCCUGUAUUUAUGAAAUGACAAUGUUUUCUGAAAACUAACAUACCAUGUUUACAGAGAUGUUUGCUGUAUAAAUAUCUUUUUAUAGUUCUGUGCUUUGCACAAUCAAAAUAUAGGGUUUGUUGCAUUGUCUGUGUUAUUUCCCAAACUUUUGCUGCUUUUUUUUUUUUACAUCUUUAAAGACCUUGGACUGUAACCGUUAGCAUUUUUUAGCUGUGUCAAAAUGGUUUACUAGUGGCAUCUACAAAAAAAGUAACCCUGACAGAAGAUAUGAAGGGGAACUGCUUGGCUUCUUGUUCUCUUGAGCUGGCAACUGAAUCUUCCCAAGUGUACCAGCAAUGCAACAAAAAUGAAUAAAAAUUACUAGCAAUUGAA